UCUUUGACCACACACUAUUCAAAUCUGACAAGUUUGUAAGCACCUGCAGCUCACCCCAGAGGGUUUGGCUCUGAAGCCAGGAACUUAGCGACUUCCAGAGUUCCGCCCACAGGCCGCAGCCGGUUCCCCUUCCACCUUUCUCUCUAAAGUUCACUUUGUGAGCAUUUCAGUGAAUUCCAGGAGGUCCCAGAAAAGAACCUCCCACCACCAAAGAUAACAGUUUAAAAACAAUUUAACUAUUUUGCUGAAAAUAUGCUGUUUCACUAAAUACUCUAGCUUUCUCUCUUUUUUUUUUUUUUUUUUUUUUUUUUAACUUCAGUUUCACUUUCAGGCUUGAAGGAAAUGUCUGAUUUUUUAAAAGUCUGAAGGAAAACUACGGGGAUGAAUGAAAUCAGAAUGCACUUGACCUCUGGCAUCAAUCCAGCUGUCCACCAUCUGGGGCGUAAAACUGAAUCAUGCAACAAAAGAAGGUAGAAGAGGAGACAGCCUUUCCAGAGGGGUAGAUGUUACCUAAAGAAGGAGUAGAAUACCUUACAGGGAUUGUCCCAUACUCUGGGCAGAAUCAUGAAAGGGGGCUCAUCUCAUCUAAUGUCUUACUUCGGGGGACUUUUGUCCCUGUGGAUUCUUGGUGCAUCUUCCACGAACCAAUGCACUGUGAGACACGAAGUAGCUGACUGCAGCCAUUUGAAGCUAACGCACAUACCGGAUGACCUUCCUGCUAACAUAACAGUGUUGAACCUUACCCACAACCAACUCAGAGCCUUACCACCCACCAAUUUCACAAGGUAUAGCCAACUUGCUAUCUUGGAUGCAGGGUUUAACUCCAUUUCAAAACUGGAGGCAGAACUGUGCCGAGCACUCCCUUCGUUGAAAGUCUUGAACCUGCAACACAAUGAGCUAUCUCAGAUUUCGGAUAAGACCUUUGUCUUCUGCACAAACCUGGAGGAACUCCACCUCAUGUCUAACUCAAUACACAAAAUUAAAGGCAACCCUUUCAAAAGCCAGAAGAAUUUAAUCAGGUUAGAUCUGUCCCAUAAUGGCUUAUCAUCCACAAGGUUGGGAACUGAGGUUCAGCUGGAAAACCUCCAAGAGCUCCUCCUAGCGAAUAAUAACAUCCUUGCACUAAGAAGUGAAGAACUUGAUUUUCUUGGCAAUUCCUCUUUACAAAAAUUGGAUUUGUCAUCAAAUUCACUUAAAGAGUUUUCUCCAGGGUGUUUCCAUGCAAUUGGCAAGGUCUUUGCCCUUCUUCUGAACAAGGCCCAACUAAACCCCCAUCUCACAGAGAAGCUUUGUUGGGAACUUUCAAACACAAGCAUCCGGAAUCUCUCUCUUGCUAACAACCAGCUGAUGGCGACCAGCAACAGCACUUUCUCUGCACUGAGGUGGACAAACCUCACUUGGCUGGAUCUUUCCUACAACAGCCUACAUGAUGUCGCUAACGAUUCCUUUUCUUGGCUCCCACACCUGAAAUACCUCUCUCUAGAGUACAACACUAUUCAGGGUUUGUCUUCUCGCUCUUUGUAUGGACUUUCCAACCUGAGGCACCUGAGUUUAAAGCGAGCAUUUACUAAGCAAAGUAUUUCACUUGCUUCCCACCCCAAGGUUGAUGAUUUUUCCUUUCAGUGGCUUACAUGUUUGGAGUAUCUCAACAUGGAUGACAAUAAUAUUCCGGGUACAAAAAGCAAUAUGUUCACGGGAUUGGUGAGUCUGAAGUACCUAAGUCUUUCCAAAACGUUCACAGGUUUGCAAACGUUGACAAACGAAACAUUUUUGUCACUUGCUCAUUCUCCUUUGCUCAUGCUCAACUUAACAAAAAAUCACAUCUCAAAAAUAGCAAGCGGUACUUUCUCUUGGUUGGGCCAACUCAGGGUACUUGAUCUUGGCCUUAACGAAAUUGAGCAAGAACUCAAGGGCCAGGAGUGGAGAGGUCUAGGAAACAUAUUUGAGAUCUACCUAUCCUAUAACAAAUAUCUGCAGCUGACCAGCAAUUCCUUUGCUUUGGUUCCGAGCCUUCAAAGACUGAUGCUCAGGAGGGUGGCCCUUAAAAAUGUGGCCAUCUCCCCUUCUCCUUUCCGCCCUCUUCGCAACUUGACUAUUUUGGACUUAAGCAACAACAACAUAGCCAACAUCAAUGAAGACUUGUUGGAAGGUCUUGAGAAUCUAGAAAUCCUGGAUUUUCAGCAUAACAACUUAGCAAGGCUCUGGAAACACGCCAACCCUGGCGGUCCCGUUAAUUUCCUGAAGGGUCUGCCUCACCUCCACAUCCUGAAUUUAGAGUCCAACGGCUUAGAUGAAAUCCCACCUGAGGCGUUCAAGGACUUGUUUGAACUAAAGAGUAUCAAUCUAGGACUGAAUAAUUUAAACGUCCUUCUGCCAUCUAUUUUUGAUGACCAGACGUCUCUAAGGUCAUUGAACCUUCAGAAGAACCUCAUCACAUCAGUUCAGAAGGAUGUUUUUGGGCCAGCUUUUCAGAACCUAAGUAGUUUAGACAUGCGCUUUAAUCCGUUUGACUGUACUUGUGAAAGCAUUGCCUGGUUUGUUAACUGGAUCAACCAGACCCAUGCUAAUAUCUCUGAGCUGUCAACUCAUUACAUCUGCAACACUCCACGUCAAUAUCAUGGCUUCCCAGUGAGGCUUUUUGACACCUCCUCCUGUAAAGACAGUGCCCCCUUUGAGCUCCUUUUUAUCAUUAAUACCGCCAUGCUUAUGAUUUUUAUAUUUAUGACAUUGCUCAUUCACUUGGAGGGUUGGAGGAUAUCUUUUUACUGGAAUGUGUCAGUGCAUCGAAUUCUUGGCUUCAAGGAAAUAGAUGCCCAGUUCGAGCAGUUUGAAUACACAGCAUAUAUAAUCCAUGCCCAUAAAGACAGAGACUGGGUUUGGGAACACUUCUCCCCAAUGGAGGAACAAGAUCAAUCUCUCAGAUUUUGCCUAGAAGAAAGGGACUUUGAAGCAGGUGUCCUUGGACUUGAAGCAAUUGUCAAUAGCAUCAAAAGAAGCAGAAAAAUCAUUUUUGUUAUAACGCAUCACCUGUUAAAAGACCCUCUAUGCAAAAGAUUCAAGGUACACCACGCAGUUCAGCAAGCUAUUGAGCAAAAUCUGGAUUCAAUUAUAUUGAUUUUUCUUCAAGAUAUUCCAGAUUAUAAACUAAACCAUGCACUCUGUUUGCGAAGAGGAAUGUUUAAAUCUCAUUGCAUCUUGAACUGGCCAGUUCAGAAAGAACGAAUAAAUGCCUUUAAUCAUAAAUUGCAAGUUGCACUUGGGUCACGGAAUUCAGCACAUUAAACUUAUUUGGAGAUUGAUUUGGUAAAGGAAUAGAUCCCAUUUAUAAGGGUCCAUUAUAAAUCUGAGUUUUCCUUGAAAGUUUGUAUCUGUUUAUUUAUAUGUAUAGAU